UCAUAACAGAACACAUGAAGGAAGAGAAGAUAAGUACUAGUAUUUCACAAUUCACAUGGCAGCAAGUACUAUUUUAGACGGCACAGAAACACCUCUAUUACUGCCAACAACUCAUGAUAAUGGAAAACAAAACACAAGACCAGAAAUGGAGAAUAAAUGGUGGAACAAAAUCUUGGACAUAGAGGAAGCCAAAAUUCAACUCAUGUUUUCAUUACCAAUGAUUUUUACAAACUUAUUUUAUUACUUGAUUACAUUGGUUUCUGUCAUGCUUGUUGGUCAUCUUGGUGAGCUUCAGUUAGCUGGUGCUACUCUUGCUAAUUCUUGGUUUAGUGUCACUGGCGUAGCAGUUAUGGUUGGUUUAAGUGGUGCACUAGAAACACUCUGUGGACAAGGAUUUGGUGCAAAGGAAUAUCACAUGUUGGGAAUUUAUCUACAAGGCUCUUGCAUUAUAUCUUUCAUUUUUUCAAUAUUUAUAUCCAUUAUUUGGUUCUAUACAGAACACAUUCUAGUUUUACUUCAUCAAUCUCAAGACAUUGCUAGAACAGCAGCACUCUAUAUGAAGUUUCUUAUACCAGGAUUAUUUGCAUAUAGCAUCUUGCAAAACUUGUUGAGGUUUCUACAAACACAAUCUGUAGUAAUGCCACUGGUUAUCCUUUCAGCUAUCCCAACACUGAUUCAUGUUGGAAUUGCAUAUGGAUUUGUUCAAUGGACAGGUUUGAGUUUCAUAGGUGGACCAGUUGCAACUUCUAUUUCACUAUGGAUAUCUAUGAUAUUGGUAGGUUCUUAUGUCUUGUAUGCAAAGAAGUUUGAGAAUACAUGGAGAGGAUUUUCAAAGGAAUCAUUUCAGUACUUGUUUACAAACAUUAAACUAGCUCUUCCCUCUGCAGCAAUGGUAUGUUUGGAGUAUUGGGCUUUUGAAGUUUUGGUUUUCUUAGCUGGAUUAAUGCCUAACUCACAAAUAACAAUUUCAUUGAUUGCAAUAUGUGAAAACACAGAAUUCAUUGCUUACAUGAUCACUUAUGGUCUUAGUGCAGCUGCAAGCACAAGGAUUUCCAAUGAAUUGGGGGCAGGCCAUCCUGAAAAAGCUAAACAUGCAAUGAGAGUCACUCUAAAGCUAUCUGUCCUCCUUGGAUUUUGUUUUGUUUUGAUGCUUUUGUUUGGUCAUGAUAUAUGGAUUCAAAUGUUUAGUGAUAGUCCUAUUAUCAAAGAGGAGUUUGCUUCAAUAACACCUUUGCUUGCUAUUUCCAUACUACUAGAUUCUGUCCAAGGUGUCUUAUCAGGGGUAGUUAGAGGAUGUGGUUGGCAGAACUUAGUUGUUUAUGUCAACCUUGCCACUUUUUAUCUCAUUGGUUUACCAAUUUCAUAUCUCCUUGGAUUUAAGACCAAUUUGCACUAUAAGGGUUUAUGGAUUGGUCUGAUUUGUGGGCUGGUGUGUCAAAUUGGGACACUCUUACUUUUGACAAGGCAUGCCAAAUGGACUAAACUUAAUCUCUCAGGGGACAAAGAUAAAGACCAACCUAUUGUUGUUUAACAACUGACUGUAGGACUGAAUAUGUAUGAUGUGUUUGGAACCAAGUGACAGAUCAUAUAAAUGCGUGGACGCAAAUAUAGGAUGAAAAUAUGAUAGCAACUUGUAAUAAACAUGAAUUUUGUAUCUGAAAA